CUGCCAAGUGCAUUCCUCAUAUACAAAAGGAAGAAACACUUAAAAGAAAAUAUCAAAUCUAAAGUCGAUCACAUGGCUAAUAAGAGUUUAGAGAUUCGGUUUUUAUUUCCACUUGUUUUGUUUUUGGUUGUGAAAUUACUUUGUGUUGAUGGUAAAGGAUUCAAUAAUAAUGGCCAUAAGAUAAGAAAAGGAAGAUGGGAAGGUAAGCUGAAGAUGAACUUCUAUCACAAUAGCUGCCCUGGAGCCGAGGAUAUCGUGAGGCAGAUAGUGUGGAAGAAAGUCGAAGCAAACCGUAGCCUGGCUCCCAAGUUACUGAGGGUUCAUUACCAUGACUGCUUUGUUAGGGGGUGCGACGCAUCGCUGCUUUUAGAUUCGGUUGCUGGAAAAGCAGUGUCCGAGAAGGAAGCGAGACCUAAUCUCUCGCUUUCCGGGUUUGAAAUCAUCGAUGAGAUCAAGUAUAUUCUCGAAAAACGAUGCCCUAACACCGUCUCUUGCGCUGACAUUCUCACUUUAGCCGCCCGAGAUGCCGUCUCUUAUGAAUUUGAACGGCCGCUAUGGAAUGUGUUUACCGGACGUGUUGAUGGAAGAGUUUCAUUGGCAACGGAGGCGGCCAGAGACUUACCAUCCGCUGGGGCAAACUUCACCACUCUACAGAAACUCUUUGCCGAGAGCGAUUUGGACGUCGUUGACCUCGUCGCUUUAUCAGGAGCACACACGAUAGGAAUAGCACAUUGCGGUGUGUUUGGCAGAAGGCUCUUGAACUUCACCGGAAAAGGGGACACAGAUCCUUCCCUAAACCCUAGUUACGCCUCCUUCCUCAAAUCCGAAUGCUCCGACAAAUCUUUAAGACUCAACCCUUCCGCAGUGGUCGGAAUGGACCCUACUGGUCCUCUCGCCUUUGACAGUGGCUACUUCGUCUCUCUACUCAAGAACAAAGGACUCUUCACCUCCGACGCCGCCUUGUUGACUGAUCCCUCCGCCGCUCACAUUGCUAGUGUUUUCCAAAACUCCGGCGCUUUUCUUGCUCAGUUUGGUCGGUCCAUGAUAAAGAUGAGUUCCAUCAAAGUCCUUACUCUUGGAGAUCAAGGUGGUGAGAUUCGUAAAAAUUGUCGCCUCGUCAACUGAUAAAUUUUCACUUUUUUUUUUAUCUUAAUACCGUAUAAAUUUGAUUAUCAUGUAAUCAUCAUUUGAGAUAUGUUUUUCUUAAUUUUAUUACAAUACUAAGAUUUUAAUGAUCCAUAUAUAUAUUUAAGUGGAAUUGUAUGUUUCCAAUUUAUCUGUUUAAUUACCACUUCUAUGUCUUUUUGACAAGGCCCGUACUUUAGCAUGUGUAAGUAGAACGCUGU